CUUUCUCUCCUUCCUCCCUCCUUUCUUUCGUGUUCCUUUCCUUUUUCCUUUCUUCUCUCUCUGUCUCUCUGUCUCUGUCUCUCUCUCUCUCUUUCUGGUAGUGAAGCGGGAUUAGAUUGGUGGUGCUCAGAACAGGGAGCCGGAAUUGAUGCACAGAUCAGUAGCAUCCUUUUUGCAGUGGCUGUCUCAUGAAUUCUUUGGAGACCUAAGGAGAAAACAGAAAGGAACUAAAACGCUGUCAAUGUAAGAAACAUUCAAACCUGUGAAGAAUUUUUGUGAGUUUAUUUGAACCCAAACUGUUGACAACUACCUGGAAACAAAACCUCAACGGAUUGAGAUAAUGCUCCGGAGAAUAGCAGUUUUGCACCUUAUUUCAUACAUUACAAUCAAAAGAGAAAACGGGAAGAUGCUCCAACCAACUAAGCCACCUGGCCGAGGCUAAACAAUGAAACUUUUAAAAAAUGAGAUGAUCAUGAGAAAUCAUGCAAUUACAGAAAAUAGUAACACUCUGCCUUUGUUUUCCACUUUUUAGCUUUCAACACAUAACUGACAAAGUCCCAGAAAAACUGGUUUAUCCAUAUUGAUCAUCUCUGAAGAUUUGCAGACCCACUGAGUACUAAAGAAAACCUUUCUCCUAUGAGCCAUAAAAAGAAAAACAACCUGCCAAACACUUGUAAAGUGACGGCUAUCACCAUAUGGGAACUAGAAGAAGUGCUAUAUGGCAUAUUCAUGAUCAAAAUGGGAGAGAAUCAACUGUCAUGAGAUCUCAGAAGGCCUUAUAACAGAGUAAACUAAAGGGUAAAAUAACAGCUUGUCAUCUGUGCUUGCACACUAGACUUCCAUGUAGUUACCUAUAGACAAAUCCAAAGCAAACAUGCAGAUAGUUCUUUGAAAAUCAUGUGUAGAGGCCCAGACCUGUACAGUAAGAAGGAGGUUAUUUUAUAGUCAGUCUCUUUAAGCCAUUGAUGAUCUAUCUUUAAGAAAGAGAAGCAGUUGAUUGUGAAUUUAGGUUUUGAACUGCCAUUUGGCAAAGACAUUUUCUCUGGGUAGAAAAAUGCCUGCAAAUGACACGUGUGCUGGGCCAGAUGGAGACAAUACAGAUUUUCGGUAUUUUAUCUAUGCAGUGACAUACGCUGUCAUUCUUGUGCCAGGUCUCAUAGGGAACAUAUUAGCUUUGUGGAUAUUUUACGGCUAUAUGAAAGAAACAAAACGGGCUGUUAUAUUCAUGAUAAACUUAGCCAUUGCUGACUUACUACAAGUUCUCUCCCUGCCACUGAGGAUCUUUUAUUACUUGAAUCAUGACUGGCCAUUUGGGCCUGGCCUCUGCAUGUUCUGUUUCUACCUGAAGUAUGUCAACAUGUAUGCAAGCAUCUAUUUUUUGGUCUGCAUCAGUGUGCGACGGUUUUGCUUUCUCAUGUACCCCUUUCGCUUCCAUGACUGCAAACAGAAAUAUGACCUAUACAUCAGCAUUGCUGGAUGGCUGAUCAUCUGCCUUGCCUGUCUGCUCUUUCCUCUCCUGAGAACCAGUGAUGACACCUCAGGCAACAGAACCAAAUGCUUUGUAGAUCUUCCUACCAGGAAUGUCAAUCUGCCCCAGUCUGUUGCCAUGAUAACCAUUGGCGAGUUGAUUGGGUUUGUCACUCCUCUUCUGAUUGUCCUGUACUGUACCUGGAAGGCUGUUUUAUCACUUCAAGAUAAAUAUCCUGUGGCUCAAGACCUUGGAGAGAAAAAGAAAGCCUUGAAGAUGAUUCUAACCUGUGCAGGAGUGUUUUUAAUUUGCUUUGCACCUUAUCAUUUCAGUUUUCCUUUAGAUUUCCUGGUCAAGGCCAACAAAAUUAAAAGCUGCCAAGCCAGAAGGGUGAUUCUGAUAUUUCAUUCUGUUGCCCUGUGUCUUGCUAGUCUUAAUUCCUGCCUUGACCCAGUCAUAUAUUACUUCACCACUAAUGAGUUCAGAAGACGGCUUUCAAGACAAGAUUUGCACGAUACCAUCCAACUCCAUGUGAAAUCCUUUGUGAGCAAACAUACUACUUCUACUAUGACAACUGAAUUAUGCUAAAUAAAAAAACAAUGUAGUCUGAAAUGAAAAUAUAUCAGAACACAUUUGUAAUACCCCAAGAUACUGGGAAGUAAUCACAGGAAGCGCUCCCAGGUUUUCAGUUAUGUUCUGUCUUACCUAUAUGAGAAAUUAUAACAGAACCUAUUUAGAGCAUUAUAUUCUACCAACAUUGAUGUUGACAUGUCCAUGUAGUGAUUUGUCACCAAAUCUUUAAGACUUGAGGUACAAAAUUUCAGUUAUAUCCAAUACACAUAUGCUCUCAACUAGAGUCAGCAGUUUUAUCUGUGAACCUCAGACAAAAAGAGAGAGCUUGUCAUUAUAAGCAUUUGGUUUUGUUACAAUGGACAUUGAGUACUUAGAGGCAAUGUAGUUAUCUAUUUAUACUGGUAAUAACAGUUUAUAUUCCAAUAUUGCAUUUUGAUUAUAUAUUAAGUGGGAUGGACCAUAUAUUAUUCUGUGAAAAUAAAGUGUUAUAAACAUGGGAUCCCUUUAUCUCACAUGUGUGAUGACACUCUAGGGUUUGAAGACUCAAAAAGCUAUUUCCUUCAUUUCAGUGUCAAUAUGAAACAUCAUCUGUCACACCUGUUCAUAGAAUAAAAAAUCUAAACUUGGGCCUUUGGUUUGUUAAAAGUAAGGACAAGAAACAAAUUCACAUACAAUAACUUUCUAUGACUGUGUAAGCUGUCAUAGUGAAUCUACCCAGGGCAGAUAGCUUGUCAAAGUCCAUACAAUGUGACUGAAAUUGUCUCUAGGAGACAACAGAUAGGUGGCAAUCCCAGAAUGAUUUUCUUAAACUAUUUCCAAAGAGUACCUCUGGAGAUGCAUGAACCUGCCUAGUAAAGGGAGAUUCCACCAUGCUUCCAGAGUGAUGUUGAGGUAUCUCUGACAGGAUACUAUAUUUUCUGAGCCUAUGGAAGAAGUAGAGCACUAAUUAAUCACUAAGCUUAAGCCAGAGCAAAAGGAUGAAGUAAUUUGGGUACACCUCUUAAAACGUCACCACACUGUAUUUCUUAUUCUAAGUUACUUGGCAACUGUCAAGCCACAUUUACAAGCCAGGGUAGGGUGUGUAAGCAGCCAGGCAUGUGGACCCUAGUCUUCAGUAAUUUAUGUGGUCCAGCUUUGCUUCAACUGUACCAUUCUAAGGUCUGUUCCUCCUACGUCCUUGCAGCUGGAGAAGUCAAUUCUUUCACCUUUAAAAAAAAGUGCAUGAGAUUAAUUUUGGCACCAUUGGACACCCCAUACAAUGCAUUGCUUGCUGCCUGUUUGGUACUAGUAUUCAGGAAUUCGACCCAGGAUAUGAAUAGUAAUUAGACCUGAGGUCUAAAUAUUACAAUAGUUUAAAACUUGUUCCAGAAAAAGGCUCUAACUUCAAAGAAUGUUCUACUCAAAAUAUGCAUGCUACAUAAUAAAAAUACAUGCUACUUCUCAUCUGGAAGGAAUGUGGAAAGGAGUUAUUUUAGGCAUACAGUUAUGAUACUAAUAUGUUUGGGGGGAACUUGUGGAAUCAAAAUGAAUUCUAAUAUCCAAGUUGAAUGGAAAUUUUUCUAAUGUUUUCUCUGGACAAACGU